AUGGCUUGCACCAGGAGAACCAAAACUUUGGUGUCCACAUGCGUGAUCCUGAGUGGCAUGACCAACAUUGUGUGCUUGCUGUAUGUCGGAUGGGUCACGAAUUACAUCGCCAACAUUUACAUCAAAGUGCCCAUGCCUUUGCAGGAUAGAAAGUUUGAGGGGGACAAACGAGGAGACACGCUUCGGAUUAUAGAGAGACUGGACCGGUUGGAGAACGUAGUGAACCAGCACAUACAAGAGGCACCAGGCAGAGGCGAGGACAGCCAGGGCGACGCUUCCUUCUUGGAUUCGUCCCUUUUUGCUCACUGGGGGCAGGACCUGAGCCCGGAGAAUCGCCGCGUGGCCCUGAAAUUGUUCCAGUACUAUGGCUACAACAGCUACCUCAGUGACCGGCUCUCUUUGGACAGGCCCAUCCCGGACCUCAGGCCUGAUGGGUGCAGAAACAUGUCGUAUCCAUUCAACCUGCCACAAGUGAGCAUUGUGUUCAUCUUUGUGAAUGAAGCCCUGUCUGUUAUCCUACGCUCCAUUCACUCCGCCAUCAGCCGCACGCCCUCUCACCUGCUCAAGGAGAUCGUCCUCGUCGACGACAACAGCAAUAACGAAAAGAUUACUCAGAAAGACAAAGAACUGAAUCUCUGA